AUGCGCGCGCUGCUGCCGCUGCUGAGCGUCGGCCGAGGGUGGCGCGUGGGGGCCGCCGCCCGCCCUCCGCGCCGCGUCAUGUCCCUGUACCGCACGGAGGAGCUGGGCCAUCCCCGCUCGCAGGACUACCGCCUGUUCUUCAAGCACGUAGCUGGUCACUACAUUUCCCCUUUCCAUGACAUUCCCCUGAAGGCGGACAGUAAAGAGGAACAUGGCAUUCCCAGGAAAAAGGCACGGAAUGAUGAACAUAAGACUUUGUUUAAUAUGGUGGUGGAAAUCCCUCGGUGGACAAACGCCAAGAUGGAGAUUGCCACAGAGGAGCCACUGAAUCCCAUUAAGCAAGAUAUAAAGAACGGAAAGCUACGCUACACACCAAAUAUCUUCCCUCACAAGGGCUAUAUAUGGAAUUAUGGGGCCCUCCCUCAGACCUGGGAAGACCCUCAUCUGAGAGAUAAGAGCACAGACUGCUGUGGAGACAACGAUCCCAUUGAUGUUUGUGAAAUAGGCUCAAAGGUUCUUUCCCGUGGAGACGUGGUCCAUGUGAAGAUCCUUGGGACUCUGGCACUUAUCGAUCAGAGUGAAACAGAUUGGAAAAUAAUUGCGAUCAAUGUGAAUGAUCCUGAGGCUGAAAAAUUUCAUGAUAUUGAUGAUGUUAAGAAGUUCAAACCAGGUUACCUGGAAGCCACGCUCAAUUGGUUUAGACUCUAUAAGGUACCAGAUGGAAAACCAGAAAACAAGUUUGCUUUUAAUGGAGAGUUCAAAAACAAGGCUUUUGCCCUUGAAGUUAUUAACUCUGCACAUGAACGUUGGAAAGAGAUGGUUAUGAAGAAAUGUGACAAGGGCGCUAUCAGUUGUGUAAAUGUGCACAUCUGUGAUAGUCCUUUCCACUGCACUACAGAAGAAGCAAAAUCACUAGUUGAAUCGGUUCCAACACCUUCGAUGAGUAAAGAAAGCAAUGUAGAAGAAGAAAUGUGGCACUUCCUCCGCAACUGAUGGGGACACUGGGACUUCUGCUCUGAGACGUCAAUCUCUGAGGACCCUGGGGGCUCCUGUUCCUUCAGUGCUUUUGUGUAGCAAGUGGGUGAUCAUCUGAUGACUUCCUGUCAGACAUCAUUGUUAAAACUUUUUAAAUAAACUUGUAAAUAAAUUUUGAA